AUUUCUUGGUUCUCUUGGAUAGCAAUAGUAAGGUACCUUAUACAGAGCAAUCUUCGCAGAUGCAUAGGGCCCAGCAAAGCACACUUUCAUAAAAAUGGCCAGCAAACCAGGUCCAGCAGAUGGCCAGCAAUCAUUUUGACUGGAAUGGCUAGUAAAGCUUGUGUCAACAGGCUGCAGAAAGAGUACAAGUCCUUAUUGAAGGAUCCCGUACCCAACAUCAAAGCACAUCCUUCGCCCAGCAACCUUCUGGAGUGGCAUUACGUUCUUGAAGGUUCAGCCAAUAGCGACUAUGAGAGCGGAGUGUACCAUGGGAAAGUUAUCUUUUCACAGCAGUACCCUUACAAACCACCUUCCAUCAUCAUGUUGACUCCCAGCGGGCGAUUUGCAGUCCAGCAGAAGUUGUGCUUGUCCAUGUCGGACUUCCAUCCUGAAUCGUGGAAUCCCAUGUGGAGUGUUGGGACCAUCCUGAACGGACUGCUGUCCUUCAUGAACGAAGUGGCACACACCACAGGGAGCAUUGCCACAAGCAAGGCAGAGAAGAGGCGGCUUGCCAAACUUUCCCUGGAGUUCAAUCUGCGCAAUCCAAUGUUCAGGAAGCUCUUUUCCGAGUACAUCGCUGAGCAGAAGCGCCGACUUGAGGCCGAGCAGGAAUUGGCGAGUCGCAACAUGGCGAUGGGGCAAACAGGCGACGCAAGUGAGGCAGCACCAUCAAAUCCCAACAACGGCUGGUCGCUGCUGGCAUCAGCAUCAUUAGCGUGCAUUCUGUUGGCCAUCCUGCUGCUGCCAUUCCUGUCCCAGAGCAAUCCAAAUCAUAACAGCCAUCUAGUCACUUAAGCUUUAGCUGUUUUAGCAAGUGAUGGCACAUGCAGAGCUGUUGUGCACCUGUGCACACAUCUCAUGCAGGCUGCUAUAAAUGGCCAGAAGUGUACGUGUGAUCGCACACUAAUUGUAUAUCUGCCUCGUUUGGCCAAAGCCACCGAUCACAAGUGUCGACAGCUUGCGUGUUUAAGUCAUGCAUUUUUUGUUGCUGUAGAAUGGGUGCAUAUGCAUGCUAGUGGAAAUAAGUACCAUUCUGUGACAUAGAUCUAGAGGUGGUUGGUUCGUAGUGACUGAAAUUAUUGCGUCAUAUCUCAGAUCUGAACACAAGCAUGAUCCUUGUAACUUGCAGAGG